AUGGUUUAUAGUAAACCAAACCCUACCUCCGGGGCCAUGAAGAGGUCCGCCUCGGCCCUCGACGGACCGCCAGGAUGGGACACUGUUCCUCCUAUGAUGACUCACUCUCGCUCAUCGUUCCGUCCUCCUUAUGCUCACUACGCCAUGAUUUACCUUGACCAUGAUGGCAAGCUCAAGGUUGAUGAAUCCUCUUCGAUUCAAGAACACAAUGCUACAUUGUUCACCCCCGAAGUUCGCCAGAACUUCCUCGAGAUUCUGGGUGAACGCAUUGGCUACCACGCUCCUCACCAAUCCAUGGACACAUCUCCCCGUCGAGUGAGACGUCGCAAGAAUGCUCCUACCAUCUCUGUCAGUGAUGACCGUCUGACUGAGCAGGGCUCUGACGGCGAGGACUUCUCUGGCAACUCCACUGAAAUGGUUCCUCUCCGCAUCGGCGACUCCCAAAAGGUCAUGAGCUACUAUGAGAGCGCCCUCAAGCACUUCCAACAGCUUAACUGCCGCAUGGUUGCCAAGGCCUUCAUCAAGUUCAUUGAGCCUCGCAAGCAAGUCCGACACCCUUACAACGGUGGCAAGCCUCCAGCUGGAUCUGCCCCCGGUACCACCGGUGACCCCGAAAAGACCAAGCCUGAGUGGUGGCCUCCCGGUGUCAUGCACAAGGAGCCUGAUCACCUGCGCAAAGAGUACCGCAUCGAACUCUUGCUUCACAUCAUCCGCAAGCUCGGUUCAUACGGCAUCACCGCCGACAAGCUCAAGGAAGUUGCCGGUGACACCAAGCGGAGCUUGAAGCACGCUUCCCACGUCGAGAUCAUCUACGAGAUUCUUCGGGUCCGCAAGAUGGAAGAGCGCUUCGAGCGCGGAGAAGUCGACGGCAACAUGAUCGUCUACACCAUGAACCGCGGCCCCAGCCCCAAGGGUGACGAAGAAGAAGACUCCACCGACGCAUCAUCCAUUCCCAUCGAAGAGGCCGAACACACAAACCAAGGCCUUAUGACCCCCAUCUCCUCCUUCGAGCAUGCCUCCGCCGCCAUGACCACCCCCGUCGACACAAUCCCCUCCACCCGCUCCUACCCCGGCAGCUUCUCCAUGGCCGAGCCCCUCACCUUCGAGCCAACCCGGCAAGACCGCACCUACUACGCCACCCCCCUCAAUACACCGACUCCUUCUCGCAGCCGAUGCUCAGCGCCCCCCCCCCACGACGUCUCCGCCUUCGACUACUCCCCUCACAGCUCCUUCACAAGCUCGACACCAGACCACUCCCGCACAGCCGCAAGCGCUCACUACGACCCCUGGACUCCUUCCUUCCGCCAGAACAUCUUCAGCCCGGUCGACUACACCUCGCCGGCUACUAGCCAGGGCAUGUCGCAGCCAACAUACCAGAUGCCGAUGGCACCGCACAUGCACGACAUGUCGCACCACCACCAGUCGCACAUGGACUCGCUGGCGCAACGGGAUCUGCCCUUCCGCACUGGGUCGCUGGGUCACCCGAAUGGGCUGCCUAUCUCCCACGCCGUCUGA